AUGACCACAGCCACGGGUACCGGUGCCUCAUUCUGCCCUCCUCCCAAGAGACUAAGGCCAAGGUCACCGAAAUCACCCCGAAGUCCUCCAAAUACCCGACUGAACCAACACCCUCGAAAUCCAUCACCUCCGUCACCACUACAAUCACGAAGUGUCCCCCCACACGGAUCGACACCGAGCUCUCAGUCAUUUCUGCUCUCGAGAACAAAUUCUUUACCUUCGACCACUAAGCCCUUAUCCGAUCGACAUAUUUCGCUUCUUGACCUGGAGGACUUCGAUCGAACCACUGGUCAACACCGCUCGGUAGAGGAGGAUUUUUUUGGCCUCCAUCCAUUCACCGCUGGUUCCUUGGAAAGCGGCCACGAGCCUCCUUCACCGAGAUCUUUUUAUAGUGCGGCGACCGCGAGCUCAGCCAGCACAACAAAAGCCGGCGGAGGGCGAUCAUCGGAAGAGGAGCCUCCAAUAACUCCCGUGCCCCCAACACAUCUGCAGCAGCCACCUUCACUAAGACCAACUCGUAAGCUGAGGCGCCCGACGAGACCAAGCAGUCCCCCCAGCUCGUCGGGUUCUUCAUUGGGUGAUUGGGUCGCUUCCGGAAGUUUAAGAAGUCACGGAAUUGGCUCCUUUGAUAGCUAUUCAAGCAGCCACCUAUCGGGUCAGUCGCCGACAUUAGGGCCUCAGCAUGGUGAGCAGACGAUUCUAAGGGAUUUUGAAAAUAUGUCACCGAACAAUUCCAUUCGCGAUCUCUGCAUUGCUGUGGUAGGGGCAAGGGGUGUGGGCAAGAGUACUUUUAUUCAGAGGGCGUAUGAUCUGAAAUCUCUGCCGAAUGAAGAUGCUGUUACUGCAAAGCUUAUGACAGUUGAACGGUCACUAUGUACUGUCAAACUGGUGGAGGUAAAUCUGGCAAAACUUGAUCUCGACUCUCAACAGUUGGUUUGGCCGCGGGCGAUGGACGGCCAGAGGCUCCCGUUCGUCGACGGGGUGCUUAUCCUAUACGACGUGACAAACCCGGCGAGCAUUGCCAAUUUGCCUGAAUCUCUCGAUGCUUUCGCGAGGGCUGCGCUCCCGACACUGGUGGUCUCGUGCAAAUGCGACGCACCGCAGCGACAGUUAAAUCCUAACAGUAUUGAACAGGUGGGUAUAGUUGGCGGAUAUGAUGCUAUGCAGACUUCUAGUACCUCUCCAGACAGCCAGAAAAAAUGCCUUGCCGUGAUCUUGAGCAUGAUCGCGAGGAAAAAUGACAAGAGUCCACGAAAUCUGAAUGGUCGGCGGCGUGCAAAUUCAUCUGCGGCGAAUAACAGUCGGACGACUUCACCAAGGCCUUCAACGGCUCGAAGUGGCCACAGUCGAGCGAGCUCAGAGUUCUCAACCGCCUAUAUGAAAGAGUAUCCAGAAGUUUCAACCCAGAGCGCUCAUGCUGCACAAGCUCGAAUACCGAGAUCACCCAUCAGUUCGCCGCUAGGGGCAUCAAGUAUACACAACUCGUCUUCUUCAUUACCAAUGAGCAGCUUGUCCGCGGACACCCGAGGUCAGCGAUUACCUGGUGGAUCUGCCCCUCAAAUAACGCUUUCGGCAUCUUCUGGCCCGCUUCUGGAGGUUGUGUCUACUAGCCCUUUUAGUGUGCAGCAGCCACAAGGAGCCCGUACGCAGAAUGGGAGCCCACUCGCCUACUCCCCAUCGAAUGAUACGGAUAAGGGUAGGAAUUCUUUCUUGGAUAUGGAUGAUGAGAACGGUGGUCUGAAGGAUGUGGAUGAUAUACCGAUACUGGAACGCGAGGGUAGAAUCGAGGAUUUUGAGGAGGAGAAAACGACGACGAGCAAAGGGUUUACAUUUGACGAAUUAGUGGACAGGCUGCUGCGACAACACAUGUCCCGGGGAGAUCAGGACUUUACGACGAUCUUUUUAUGCUUCUACAGGAAAUUUGCGCCACCAAGGGACCUACUGAAUGCCAUUUUGGAAAAGUUUGAUCGGUCAGUUUGCGACCAGAUUUCUUUACACCGUAUUUCAACCCAGCUGCGGUACUGCAAUAUCCUCCACCAAUGGGUCUCAACCCAUCCUGGGGAUUUCGCCCACGUGAAGACACGCCAGCUGUUAUUGAAUUUCCUGGAUGUGAUAUCCAGCAACCGGAGUCUGGCAUUAUUGGCGAGUGAGAUGAGACAGGUGUUGGGACAGGGUGUCGAGGAUGAAGACGGGGUGUGGGCAAGGUCGGAUUCAGAUACAGAAAGGAAGGAUAGUCUGAGGAGUUUCUUGACCACUCACUCGGUAGCGGACAGCUUGGUAGAAGGGGAAGGGGGAUACGUCAACAUCAGGACAACGCCGGAAGGGAAUCUCCAGGUUCCAUCGGAUAAAGAAUCUGGUCUGCGAGCUUCGGAAGUGACGAGCAGUGCAUCAGUUCGCACGUGCGAUGCUAUGUCUUCAGUGCACCAACCUUUGCUCCAGAAAUCGGGGGAUUCGGUGUUAGAUGGAGCGUCGAUGUGGAAGGAACAGUACGGGCUUUUUAUGUCGAUACCGGAUGACGAAAUCGCCACAGAGUUAACAAGGAUCGACUGGUUGGAGUUUUCCAACAUAAAGUGCAGGGACUUGGUGCGGCAUGUUAGCAUUCCUGCAGAUCAGAAGGAAAAGUACCCAAGCCUGAGACAUGUCAACCGAAUGAUCAGUCAUUUUAACCAUGUGGCGUACUGGGUGGCGAGAGUGAUUUUGGAAAAGCCAAAAGCAAAGCACAGGGCUCGGGCUUUGGAGAAGUUUAUGAAUGUUGCUUGGACACUGCGACACAUGAAUAACUACAAUGCGCUCGGGGCUGUUAUCGCCGGUAUCAACGGCACAGCGGUUCACCGACUUAGCCUUACGAGGGAGCUCGUCAACCCGAACACGCACAGGCAGUUUAUGAGGCUGGAGCUGCUGAUGGGCACACAUAUGAGCCAUAGCAAGUACCGCCUUGCAUGGGACAAUACCUCUACCGAGCGAAUACCCUUUAUUCCACUGCACCGGAGAGACUUAGUGUCCGCGGAUGAGGGUAAUAGGACAUUCCUCGCGGACGGUGACAAGAUCAACUGGAAUAAAUUCCAGGUGAUGGGUGACGUACUCAUGGUGCUGGUGAAGUCUCAAGCGACGCCUUACCGAGACUUGGCCCGCAAUCAUAUUGUGGAGAAAUUGAUCACGGACGCGGUGGUGAGCAUGGAUGAUGAUGAAUUGUAUGAACGUAGCGUUCAGUUGGAGAAUGUUGGUGGUGCGGAGAAGACAAGGAGGAGGAUAUGGUUUCAGCGGUGACGUUUGGGUAAAUUAGGGUUCGUUUCUCCGGUUCCUUCAGGAUACAUGCUUUUUUCGGCCGCUUCCACCUGGUCCUCGUUUUUCAAUCCUCUUCCUCCCUCCGCACAACCAAGAGCAACGGAUAUAUAAAUUAUCUCUUGUACUUGUAUCCAUCCACUUCACUGGCGAAAUUGGCCUUUUGAGUCAUUCAUUUAUUUUUUCCCAUCUAUCUGCCGUUUAUUGGCUACGGUCUUCAAGCCUUUUCCCAUGUGAUAUCGUUUUUCCCCCUCCCCCUCCCCCCUUAUUUCACCUCUCUGGAUGGGGCAAAUAGGCAAACGAACGAGCAAAUUGAUCGGGCUUAUUUAGUUAUGUACAUAACUUUUUUCCUUCCUUUCUCCUACAUGUGUUUUUAUAUAUAUCUCAAGGUUAUGCUGCACACCUUUUUAUUUACACUUGUCUUUUUCGGUAUCGGGAUUGGGCCUUUUUCGUUUUAUUUUAUAUUAUUCGGGAAACAUGUGUUUUUAGUUACCUUUUUUGGCUCGACUAGUUAUGUUUUUGUUUGCAAGUUGUUUGACGUUUUGUUAUCACUUUUUUAUUGGCUGGCUGGCUGGCUGGCUGGGUGUUUUGGUGGGGCGGUACCUGAUUGGAGUUCAUUUUUAUUUAUUUUUAUUAAAUUUUGAGGGGUUUGAGAUGGCUUUAUUUUUAUUUUAUUUUCAUAUAUUUAGUGAGUGAUAUUUGCUGUAUAAGGGGGAGGAUAAGAAGGUAAAGAAGCAAGAGGGAAAGAGUGUUUUUUGCAAGA